AUGAAGGAUGGAGCCAUUCUGAUUAACACUUCUCGUGGGUCUAUAAUUGAUGAGCAAGCUUUGGUUGACGCCCUUGAGUCUGGUAAACUAUACAGCGCUGAUUUGGAUGUUUUUGAGAAUGAGCCUCAAGUACAUUCGAACCUGCUAGCAAAUGAGAAUGUUGUCCUGACUCCGCACAUGGCUGCUGGCACUGUCGAGACAAUUCACAAAUCAGAAGUUCUUGCCAUGUCUAAUGUUCGGAACGCACUUCAGCAUGGGACGUUAUUGACGCAAGUUCGUGAACAACGAGCUGAAUAA